AUGUGGUGUGCACAAGCUUUGGCAAACAGGAGAAGGAGGGAUAAUACUGGGGAUGAUGAGACUGCACAUGCGAUUCAUCGGAUGGUGGACGCGAUGCAGCCCAGUGCAGCGCAACCUAGAGCCAGAGUUGCACCUACUCGUCCUGUGACUAUGGAAGAUUUCAUGAGGCACAGGCCAACUAAAUUCACUGGCAGGACCACUCCGGAUGAGGUAGAUGCAUGGCUGAGGGAGUGUGAAAAGAUAUGUCGAGCGCUUGGGUGCACUGAUGCACAGAAGUUGACCUUCGGCACAUUCCUUCUUGUGGUGGAUGCUGAGUACUGGUGGGUGGGGAUGCAGCAGCUGAUGCAGACCCGCGAAGAGCGAGUAACUUGGGCUAACUUCAAGACACGAUUCUUGGAGAAAUACUUUCCAAACAGUGCCAAAUAUGAAAGGGAAGCGGAGUUCCUUACUUUGCAGCAAGGGACUAUCACGGUGCAGGCUUAUACUGAUAAGUUUGAGUACUUGGUGAGGUUCUACUCGCAGAUUGUCAAUGAAGAAUGGCACUGUAGAAAAUUCCAAGGCGGUCUGAGCCAUGAGUUGCGUCGAUUCCUCGUACCCUUGAGGAUCCGAGAGUUCCCUGUAUUGGUGGAACAAGCAAAGAUGGUGGAACAACUGGAGAGGGACCCAAGUCGAGUCAUGAAGGAACUUCCUAACAAUAGUGGCAUCGGCGAAGAACGACAAGAGAAACCCUACACCAGACCUCAAUGUGAAGGACGGGGGACAAUGAAGUGUUUCGAGUGCGGGGGAGACCAUUUUCGGUGA